GGAUAACAACAACAUUAGAAAGUUGUCUAUGAUUGUUAUUUCACUUUGGUUCCGAUGUCGAAAUAACAGUGAAAGUCAUUAGAAACAAUAAAAAAUUCACGAAAAUGAAUAAAUUAAAAUCGUCACAGAGAGACAAAGUUAAAAAGUUCGUCGCGUUUACGCAGACGAGCGAGAGCACGGCGAUAUAUUGUUUGUCUCAGAACGACUGGAAACUAGACCUGGCGAGCGACAACUACUUUCAGAACCCUGAAGCUUAUUACAAGGACCCCGUGAAGGCGUCCGUGGACAGAAAGAAGCUCGACCAACUGUUUACAAAGUACAAAGACCAACAGGAGAACGACAAAAUCACUGUAGAUGGUGUUAUGAAGUUUUUAGAAGACCUUAAUUUAAGUCCUGAGUCAAUUUUAGUUCUUAUAAUAGCAUGGAAGUGCAAAGCUGCUGUGCAGUGUGAGUUUACAAAAGACGAAUUCACGACUGGUCUUAUUGAGCUGGGAGUGGAUAGCAUAGAAAAAUUAAAAGCUAAAUUACCAACACUCGAAACUGAGAUAAAGGAUCAAAAUAAGUUUAAAGAUUUCUAUCAUUUUACAUUCAAUUAUGCUAAAAACCCUGGACAGAAAGGCUUGGAGCUGGAUAUGGCGAUAGCCUAUUGGAAUAUAGUGCUCCGUGGGAGAUUUAAGUUCCUAGAUGCUUGGUGCAAAUUUCUCACGGAGCACCACAAAAGAUCCAUACCAAAGGACACAUGGAACCUCCUUCUAGACUUCGCUACACAGAUAGAUGACGGCAUGAGCAACUACGACGCGGAGGGCGCGUGGCCUGUGCUCAUCGACGACUUCGUGGAGUGGUGCCAGAAGCAGGGGCUCACGGCGGACGCGGUGACGGCGCUGGAGCCGGCGUCGGGCUAGCCGCGCUGGCUGCGGCGCGAGGCGACGCGCCCGGCCGCAGGCUCCGCGGGUCCGCGCGGACGCCGCCCGGCCGCCGGCCCGCGCCGGCGCCGCUCGCCGGCCGGCGCGUGCUGCGCGUACGCGCUGCUGCUGCUCUCUCGCUUCGUGCUCUACGGGCUCGAGCUCUGUACAGUCGAGUGGCUCGCUAUCCUCAUAGUUUUCGAGUUGUGUAGCUGACUAAAUCGUGAUGUGAAGUGUGACGACGCUGGGAAUUUCAUUUGGCACCGUGACUCUAGUCUGGACGGGUUGUUGCGAUCACAUUUGUUUAGAUUCAAUAGGUUAUACUCGCAAUAGACUUUUUAAUCGAGAGUGUCUACUAAGAAGUGUUGUAAGAAAUUAAUCUUGCCAAUUGAAAUUUCCAUGUAUAAAUAAAUGUUCACUCAACUGUAUAUAGCUCUCGUACUAUUCGUCCGUUAGAUAAAAUUCUUGUUGACCUGUCUCCUAUUAUGAAAAAAUAGGAUGAGUUUUUUCCAAUAAUUGAAAGAUAUUUAUAAUAAGAGUUGUUCUAAAAUUGUCUCUUUAAAUUUCUCAACUUGGUUCUCUUACGUUAUAGAAUAGUAUGCCGUUUAAAAUUUAAGAUGUAAAUAUGUAUAUACACAUUAAUGAUAUUACAUUUUUUUUAAUUAUAACAAGCUUAGAUUUUUCUGUUUUAGUUUUUUAGCUUCCCAGCAUUGACGAGGUGAUGUAACGCUGGAAUAUUGAAAUCGGCAUAAUUUUAAUUAAACUAAUUCAGUUAUUUGCUCAUUUAUUUAAUGUUGAAAUUGCCAUAAUUUUUUUAUACCUUAAAAGUGAUUUUAUUUUUUAUUUACAUUGGGGUAAAGUGCAAUUUUGACAUGAAUAAAUGUGCAAUAAAUGUCCGUGUUUUAAUAUGAUUGUUUCAUUUCUGGAAUGUUCUAUGUACGACAUAAUGUCAAGAUUCACGGGAAGAACGUUAAAGCAUUGUAUCAAAGUUGUAUGUAGUAGAUUUCAAGUUACACAUCUAGAGAUGGUAAAUAAGAUCUAGUUCACUUAUAAAUAUGGCUUAGAAUCGUGCACAUCACUUGUGUACUCACACAUUUAAGGAAUUGACACAUUAAACAUAAUGACGAAAGAUGUCUGGUAAUUUGUGACGUCACAGAAAGAUGGUUAUUACUUGAAACAACUAGCAAUAUUUAUGAAAUGCAUUCGUAACCAGACGUAACGCGUAGUGGGCAAUUUUAUAAGCAACAGGAAAAGCUACCAUGUUCACCAAACUCAGGAUUGCACCAACACGUGCUAUUUACGCUGUCUCACUGCCUACAGAUUUACGAUUGCCUACGAUUAUGUGGAAGAACAUUUUUUAACCUUCACGCUGUCGAUUUACCAGAAGGCAGUGACUCUUAUUGACUAACGCUCAUCAGUCUUUGGGCGCCCAAGGCGCGCAAGGCUUUAGGGCUUAGGGCCUAACUGUUUCGAGCAAUUUUGCAGCUCAUGUAAGAAUUGAAUUGUACACAAUCACAAUCUUCAAACUAAUUGAUUGUCGGCUAGAUAUAUCACGAUGUAGGCCUCUGCUGAUCGUGUUUGCUGUUGGUUGUGAUCACCUGAUAAUCUCUAGACUCAUUUUUUUUAGAGGCAGGGACAAGGCUUUAAACCUGUCGCCACAGACAUGAGAAUGAAGUACAUAACUUACACGAUGGCCCAGACUACUAACGCGGAGUGGAGAAGUUUUUAAACAACCAAUAGAAUUUCGUUAUUUAAACAUCUCUUCUCCGUCCAACCAAAUAUUACCCCUGAGCGGAGAAAUGCUAUUGGUUAUUUAAAAGCUUAACAGCUCCACUUUAUUGGAUUCUGGUCCAAAACAUUGUAACUACUCUAUCUAUGUAUAAAGAAACUAAUUCUCCCGUAACUUUCAUAUUACAAGCAGUAUUCAGCAUAAUUUCAGCAUAAAAUUUAAACAACGGAUCAAAUAUCCGGCCAAAAUGUUCUUAAAUGACACCAGCCACGGAUAAUUUGACAAAAUAAUGGCUACAUCGUGUUAAACUAAGUAAUUUUCGAUCACUAAAAUUCCAUUAGGUACGAACCACAGACACAGACAGUUUCAAGGAUUUGGCCUUAUUUUUUUGUCCACAUGGUACAAGUUAGUGUGCGAAUAAUCUUAAUAUGACACCACAAGCGUGAUCUGUGAUUAUUGAAUUUCAGAAUCUAGUUUUAAUCUAAUGCUGUUCUUAGAUGAUCGAUCAAAACUAAGAUAUAAUAACAAAACUAUUAAAAUGUAUCUAUCUACUACAUUGAAGGGUAGUUAAUUAUAACUCCUAAAUGAAAUAGAAUGAUGCUACCACGAAAAUAAUAAAGUUUACCAGAGGAUUUUAUUCAUUCAAAGAUUUAAAAAAAUGGCGCCAACGUGACACUUUUAUGAACUACCCUACAAAUCUUGGCUAACUGUUUUUUUUAAUAACUUCACCAAUCUUGUAAAUCAAAUAGGAUUCAAUAAUUAAUUGUUCGAUAGAAAAGUGCUGUUGCUUCUAGCGUAACAUUUACAAUCAUAAUUUAAAGUGUUUGGUACUUAGUUUUUAAUGUACAAAAGAUAAAAAUGAAUGUAUUGAGUAUUACAUUAAAUUGUUAAAUAA